AUGCUCGAAACCCACGCCGUCGAGCGCGCCCCCCAGCCGCUGGAGCUUCGCCCGGGGGAAGUGGGGGAGCCGGACGCCCCUCAGUCCUUCACCAGCGCCUUCACCACGGAAUGGGCGGACUCGCGCGAAGGCCUCGACGCGGGGGCGGAGAAGACGAUUGUGGAGCAGCGCAUGAUGACGGUGGAGGGCGAGGAGCAGCCGUGGUUUCACCCCCCUCUGCACCAAAAGUACACGGAGGAUGGCGUGCCGCAGAUUUUGCCCUUUGCCCCAAGUGUGGUUAUUAAAAGUUCGUUUAGGCAGAUCCAGCGCCGUUCAUUUAGCGAGGAUAUUACAAAGCAGCUCAUGCAGCCCGUGUUGGAUAUUUCCUUCCUUGUCCACCCCGACGCUUGCUUCUGGUGGAACCAGGAGAAUGAGGAAAAGUGUGUGAAUCAGAUACUGGAUUACGCGAAGCGGGUGCCCUUUGCGUUGCCAUUUUAUCUUUAUUUUCGUGUGGACUCGUCCAAGCAGUUGCGCCUGAAUCCGGAAAUACAGGAGAGAAAAGACGCCAUGCUCAAAGAGAAAUCAAAGUGGUUCGACCUUCGUCAUUUUUGUGAAACCUAUUCUCAAGAAUGA